AUGCUUGCAACAGCAGGGUGGGCGCGCGGGGUGUGCGCGUGCCUCAAGGCUCGCGGCGCGGUGGCCUGCGCGCCGCGCCGCAUUCUAUACCGCCGGACGGGCGACGCCGACAACUACAAGAGCAAAGUUCGCCCGAGAGCCUCGACCGCUCUCGUUCUCGUCGCGCGCGGGCAGUGCCGACGGUACGCGCGCGCGCACCUGGACCUCCCGCUGUCCGGCCAAGCUCGAGCCCCGUCGUCGUCGUGGUGA